GUCGGUUUUUGGCUCGUUGCCUCGCUGGUUUUACUUCGCGGCUGUCAUUAGAUAACUUUUCCAUGUGAUUAUCGCGUAUCGGUUUGCGGUGUUCUCUACUUCGGCGCGCACAAUAUAUUCUUCAAAACUCCAGUAAUAAUGCCAAAUUUGGUGCACAGUUUCGUUCCAUCGUGUGAAGUAAUCGAUUGACCAGUGUUUAGCAAUAAAAGUUGAACCCUAUCGGUGUUUGGGCAGUGAAAAUAUCAGAAGCCGAAAAUAGCCAUUGAAAAUAUUUUCACGUGAAAAGUGUGCAGUGGUCGCCUGCUCCGCUCAUCAGAUCGGCUGGCUGGUGUGGGGGUUUGCUAUCGUUGCGGAGGAAGAAAAAGAGAAGCGAUCAAAAAGUGGAAAAUUUCGGCACCAGUCGCGUGUUUUUGGAGGAAGGGAUUAGUCUUGUUGUGGAAUUGAAAGUUUAAUCCAAAGUGGAUAGUGAUCGGAAGUGUGGAAUGCUUGGUUUCGGACUUGUCCGAAUGCAAAUACGAGUCGGUCUCUACUAGGAUGAUGGAGCACAGUGAGCAGUGAAUGUGACAUAGGGGCGAAGUGCUAAUAGUCACAAGCUAAUUGUACCCCUCUCCACGACGUGAUCUCGGUUCUGGGGAAUCGGAAUCUUCCAGAACCGAGAUAUUAUCCCGGUCCCAAUUGAGCAUAAGCAACAUUGUACCAGUGGAGAAGAGGCCUAACUCAAUUGCAUACGCCAUGGAGUCUAGAAUAUUGAAUGCAGCGGCUGCGAGGGCAGCACCCACCUCUGCACAUUUUAUCGGAGCCAAAGGGAAUCACGCUUACAUCGGCGGAUUCCAGCAGUUCACUACUAACGAAAAAACAAUUUGCAGUCUCCAAUACAACAUACCGGCUAUUGGACACCACUAUGGGAACGCAUUCGCUCCGGAUGACGAGGAGGAUGACGAUGACGAUGAGGAAGAGGACUGUAGUGGUUUAGUACCUGGUGCCCUAGAUGCUUAUAGCCAAUCAUCAAUGAAUAUGGUCAGCACGACCGAUGGGGAGUUUUACGAUGACGAGGAGGAAGAAAUCGAUGAGGACGUCGAAAUGUCGCCAGCAAUCGAGGUGAUCUCGAUCGAUCCAAACUGUGACUAUGAUUCGGAUGAAGAGGAGGAACAAGAAAUAGAUGAAACAAUAGAAGUAGUAGAAGAACAUCCGGCUGUAGCGGGUCAGGAGAUUGUAGUCAAUCAAGCUCCAGUACCGGAGCUACAGCCAAGAAUAGAAGAACAAAGCAUUAUGGAACCGUUAAUUGUACAGGAAACUGUCGUUGAAGAAGUGUGCGCUCAAGUAGAGUUAGAACGAGAUGUGAUAGAAGGUUUGGAAAGUGAUGACAUUGAACCGGAGUUGGAGAACAUUCAUCGCGAUUCGGAAGAAGGGGGUUCGGAUAACGAUAGCAGUAGCGAUAGUGAUAGUAGUAGUGACAGCAGCAGUGAUAGCGAUAGCAGCAGAAAUAGUCGUAGCAGAAGCAGAAGUAGAAGCAGUUCAUCCAGCUCCAGUAGCAAUAGGUCAACGUCCACAGCAUCCAGUCAUCCAAGUGACUUUGUGCAUCGAUCUGAUGCAGAGCAGGAUGCAAACGCAGAGCAGCAGGAAAAUUUAGCAAAGGUGAUAGAACGCCGCAAAUUGAUGGCGAUUGAACGUCGAAAACGUACCACUAGCAUAAAUAGGAAGUCGUUUUCUUUGCCGCACUCGCCGAUUGCCGGAGUGAGUGGCAGUGUAUUGCAUGACAUGACAAGUUUAAGUUUUGAUGAUCUGGAUGUAUCGGCUAUAGCGAACGAUCUAAGCCCAUUGAAAAUCCCGGUACGUGCCAGUGAAUCCGAUGAAAAGUUGGUGCAAGAGUUAUCUGAAAGCAACUUCGAUCUGGCCGCGUACAUUACAGAGGAUGACUUCGUUACAACGGACUCUGAGAAGCGAGAUACCCAGAACCAAAAACAACCAAAGGCAUCUCCCGUGAAGAAAGCUCCAAAAUCUCGUGGAAAACAGUUAAAGAUGUUGCGGGAGCUGAUGAUUUCGCCCAAGUCCAACAAUGACGAGUCCGGGUUCUCACGAAGGACCUGCACAAACAAAACGCGCCGAAUAGUAGAAGAAAGUGGCUCGGAAUCGGAAGACUCUGAGUCCGAAAGUGACACUAGAACUUGCGUGAAGAUUUUCGGAAUCGAACGAAUGAUCGGCAAACCAAAGCGAAAGGAAGAUGAUACGAAAGCGGAUCCUACAUGGAAUCCGAACGGAACGGUCCCUGCCAAGCCAGCUCAACGAAUAGUCCCAAGUCAGAAAAUGGGAACACCGCCAGCGGUUGUACCGAUUCAACAGAUAGGCAAACGAGAUAUCAGUGAUAUGAAACCCCAGUCGGCACCAGCCAAAGCCAGUGAACCCACAAAACCUGUAAAUAAUUCAAACAUCAAAAAUAAACUGCUUAGCGCUGGAUCGCAAUUAGCACGUAACAAAAUGCUUUCCCUGAUGGCAAAAAACAAGCCACCUUUGCAAGCAAUCAAACAACAUUCAAAAUCAACCGGAAGAGUAAGUAACACUAACAGCAGUAGCCAGCUGAAAUCGGCAGAGCAGCCGAAAAAGAAGCCAACAAUUGUAAAAAACAACGUAAAACUUGACCAUGAUUACUGUUCACCGAAGAAAGGUUCCGGCCAAAAUCCGCUGGCGCCAGUGCCACAGCGGAAAGCGAUAGAAAUUCCGUUCCUUUUGCCUACCAUGGAUCAGCUGCGUCAGAAGAAGCUCUCGAAGAACAAAAAACGUCUGGAAGCCACCAGCAAGAAAGUCAAAACGGGUGUCGACUGUGAUAAAAAGGAACCUACUAAGCCUAGCAGCAUACAGCGGAGUAGUAAUGAACACAAAAGCAUUGCAGCUUCGGUUCCGGUUCCGGUUUCGGUUGUGAAGCAGGAAGUAAUCUCGGUCAAGGAAGAGCCCAAAGAACGGAUAGAAGUCAACACGAAUAGAUUGCCACCACCUGCGCAAAGUCAACCGAAGCAAAUUUCCUUAUUAAAGAUAAAUCAAAAUAAGCCCAAUGGUGUGCAAUCGGCUCCUGUGGUCGAACGCAGCAUCAAGUUGGAACCGUCUGACGAGAAACCCAAGUCUGAAGCAAUCAAUGCAACCAAUAGCAGUAGUAAUGAAUCUAUGGUUAAAGUUAAGAAGAAAUUAAACCUUCAGGAAUACAAGAAACGUCGUGAGCAUCCAUCUGAUGAAGUGACGAUGCCCGUGAUCGCAACUGAAAGCAGCAGUAAAAGUAGCAUCACCAGCUGUACUUCCACCGUGAGCGCAACUAGCAGCAAGGAAGAGUUAUCUAGCUCAUCGGCGGAGCAAACUGUUGCACAACCAGAACCGCAAAAACAAUCAGGCUGUAAAGCCGCACCUUUGGAUCCAAUUUCGGCAGCAAAGUUGAAGGCACUGCGAAUGCAGCAACUCAAAAAGGAAGCCGCCAUCAAGUCAACCGAAGCAAAUAUCAUCCCAAAGACUGUCCCGCAUAUCGUUCCACUGGCUGAAAUCACAUCGAUAAAAUUCGACGAGCAUGGAAACCCCAUGCCGUACGACAAGAACGCCGAACAGGAUGCCAGUGAGUGGAAACUGCACAAGGAUUUCGAAGAAAUUGUUAUCGUUUCUAUGGGUUGCAACACGGAGAUUACGAUUAACCCACAUGAAAUGAAUCGAGAAAUGGUUAAACCGGAACAACAAGAUAAAAACAUUCCGAAGAAUGAACUGCUGUCUAACAUUACCGAUACGAUCAAACGGUGCCAAUCGUCGGCGACGGCAAUCAUUUCCAGCAGUUCGUUGAUAUCCAGCAUCCACGAGGUGGUGAUCCGGAAGAAAUGCAAAAAGACUGAUACGAAUGAAGCCCUAACGGCGACUUUGACUGAGAAACGUGCGGUUGGUGGCGGACAAGCCAAUCAGCAAGGAUCCCCGAACGUUGGCGUAUCUCCACCCAAUGCAUUCUCUCCGGGCAAGCCGGAAAAAGCAGGCGGAACAUACGACCAGUCGCCUUCGUUCGACUAUGACGAAGGACAGUUGCAGCAGACGGUCGGAAAGGUCAAACCGGUCGAUCAUGGCGAAGACAAAAUCAUUAUGCAUUUACGAAAGGAUCGACAACGGUUUAAAGGGGUUUCGAUAGCCAUUCAGACUGUGUCGUUAGAUCGCUUCCCGGAACUGAAACGAUUCUCUCCCGUCAAGAAGGAACGAACCGUAUCACGAAGUAGCUGUGGAUCAGCUGCUCGUAGCCGCAGCCGCCAAAGUGCCGGUAGAAGUCGGGAUCGUUCACGUCGACAAUACCGAAGACGCCGGAGUCGUAGUUCUUCAUCGGAACCUGAAAUCCGUACCAGGUCUUCCAGCUCCUUCCGAAGUAGCAAGCAGCGACCGUCUUCCAGAAGAAGUCGCAGUCGGUGCAGUAGUUCUAGACGUAGAUCACGAUCCCGGUCUCGGUCCAGGUCCAGAUCCUACAGACGCCGUAGCCGUAGCAAUUCACAUCGCCGGAGAUCGAGCGUGUCUUCCGAGCGACGUCGCUACUAUGAAAGAGACUAUUCGCGACGCGGUCGCAGCAGUAGAAGGCGAAGAUCAAGAAGCACUUCGUCGCACUAUUCUAGCAGCAGUAGCUAUAGCUCACGAUCACGGUCGCGAUCGGUAUCGCGGUCGAGUAGAUCACGCUCACGCUCUAUGUCACGUCCUUCGUCCCGGGUGAGGAAUUUAUCCCGUACUGAGUUCCGCCGUCCAGCACAGUCACCAGAGAGGAAAAUAGUCUACGUGGGACGUUUGGAACCAGCGCUGAAAAGGGAAGAUCUUAAGCGAAAGUUCGUCCAAUAUGGACGCAUCAAGCAAGUGACAUUGCACUACAAGGAAUCCGGGGCAAAGUAUGGAUUCGUAACGUUCGAGAAGCCCCAGGAUGCAUACAAAGCCAUCGAUUGCAGUUCGAAGGAUCCUAUCCUGAGCGAGUACGACGUCAGUUUUGGAGGUAGACGGGCUUUCUGUCGCACGGAGUAUGCUGAUCUUGAUGGCGACUUAUCGCAUGUUCAAGAAGGCGUUCCGUAUAUCGCACCGAAUGGAUCACUGCUGAUGGCUCCAAAUCCGAUAAUCACCCAGCCGCGCAAGGACGAGGGCGAUUCCUUCGAGGAACUACUCAAAAAACUGAAAAAGGAAAUCAGUGCCAAAAAGCCACGCAAGUCUUGACCACAAGUGGCGAUUGCUUUAUGACGCGUACCUGCUUUUGGCCGCUGGUAUUCCUCACUUCAAAGGGUGUUGUACUGCCUCCACCACCGAAUUUGACAAACCUUCAAGAACAUUUGUCUUCAUUUCAUAUUGUCCACCCGGCGCUACUUCAAACUUUCUUACGGGUUUAUUGUUUAAACUUUAUUCUAAACAAACGCAAUCAGGUUUGGCCGGUUUCUCUUAGCUUACUCGCAACAUUGAAAUUUUAGCUAUCGGUUUCUUAUUUUGUUUUUGUUCGUGUGCAAUUCAACGUAAUUUUACACCUCAAGAUUUCGAUUGUGCUCUAAUUGCAAAAUAUUUGAUUUAUGCUACCAUCAACGGUGCCAUUGGGAAAUGAUAUUUGUAAUAUAUAGUAAAUCAAAUACUAAUUUUAUAGAGAUUCAGCAGACAAUUGAACAUCAUUUGUUUUCUUUUGUUGUUGAUUUUAGUGCACGGAAGUGUUAUCAAGGUUACGUUGAAAUAAGCGAUGCAGCUAUCACUUUCAAACACGAUACGAAAAAACGAAAAAAGUAGCCUUCCCGAGGUAGGAUACGGCACGUUAUUCUUUAAAGUUGUUCUAUGUUCUUCGGAAAUAUUAAAUUAAAAGUAUAACCUUCCUGUUUAGAAGUGCUAGAUAGGGUCUACAAAAAAAGGCUUUAUGUAAAACAUUGAAGCAUUAGCGAUGUAUAAUUCCUGUUCCCUACUUUAAUUUGUUCAUGAUUGAAAAUAAACUGUUAUCGAAAAUAUCUUCCAACGAAACUGCUCACUCUUACAUUAACAAUUUGUUCAAGAUACAACCGAAUGGUAGUGAAAACCAAAAGUCUAUAAUUUAAACGUUAAUUUACCGGUUUUACAUAAACAUACUCGUUUCGUUCUUUUAACCUAACAACUUAAACAAGAAUGGAGAAGACACUGAUUAUUCACUAAAAUGGAACAUGUAAACGAUGAAACAUUAAAAUCUGUGAUUUUUGACUAUGUAAUAAAAGGAAUGUGUUUCAUAUGCCCUGAUUUGAUUUUUGUCAAACAAAUAUUUACUUUUGAAAAUUUUAGGUUAGGAUUCAAAGGCAGAAACUACACACGGUUUUCGUCUUGUUUAAUCGAUAAUAUGAUAAUUAUGCAUAAAAUAGCCGCAGAUUAGUUUUGUUAAGUCCAAAUCCCCCCAUGUUAGUCGAUUAGUUGUUUCUUCUAACCAUUACUUCCAUACCUAGCUUAUAGUUUGAAUAUUGACCUAGGAACCUUUAUUUCAAUACUGCUCGCUGUUUUUGUUAAAUAAAACUUUGAAAA